CGCUACUGCGCGCUCACCUGGCCGUCAGGUCAUAACCCCGCCAAAUGCAAAAGGAACUGACAUGAAGCUUGACUUUCACGAUGCGGACUUAUGACUUAUUGCAGAGAUGGCGUGGUAUGUCCCCUUUCAAGUCCACCUCAUCAUCUGGCGUACAUGGUGACCCCCAUGCCCCUCAAGCUGAUGCUGCUUGCUCUCUAGACUUGGUGGACUUCUCCGCACGGGCACAUGGGCGAGCCACUUUUUUGCCCCUCGUACUCGUGUAUUCCCUCGGCAGUCUCCUCAUUGUGUUUAAUGUGUCGCACAACUACAGGCUCCAACUUAGUAAGACCGGCCAUUUGCUGUGCGACAAUCUGAAUCCUGUUGGGAAGAGCACUUCUUUAUUGGCUCGUUUUGCAAUCGAUGUUGAAUAGUUUGAACAUUAUUACAAUACAAAGCGCGUGAGCUACCCAGCUCCCAUGUGACCAGACCAGCAUUUGGCGGGUUCGGUGAAUCUCUAUGUGGUUGUCACGUGUGAGUCGGGAGGAAUAACGCUGCCACCAGCGGUUCCGCCCAGCCAAUACCAAAGCAUAAGUCCACUUCAACUCUGAGUCAUGCG